UCCGCCGGGUCUACGCGCGCGCGCGCGCCCUGCAGCUAGUCCCCCCCUCCCCCCAAACCCCGCCUUCGUCGCCCAUCAGCUUUGAGCGAGCGAGCGAGCCGCUAAAAAAAAGUUAAACUCCUCGUGAGCGAUUCGUCGGGCAGCCCGCCGGCCCUCCGUUUCGGCUCUGAGCACACUUCACUGAAAUGGCAACGAGAUUGACUUUGGAGCAAAGAAGAAAGGUUGCUGCGUGGAUGGACGUCUUUCAGUCACCCACGGUGGUUCGCAACAAAUACAGAGAUCAUUUCCACUGCGAUCCACCCUCGAGAUUGACCAUUUAUCGCGUUUACAACAAGUUCGUCGAAGCCGACUCGGUCGCUGAUAAUUACAAAGGGAACAGCGGUCGACCACGAACAGGCCGAUCCCCUGCCAACAUAGCUGUUACACAAGAAGCUUUCUCGCGUAGCCCAGGGAAAUCAACCAGACGAUUAAGCGUAGAAUGUGGUCUUCCCCGGGCAACGGUGUGGAGAAUAUUGAACAAGGAUCUGGGAAUGCAGCCAUAUCAUUUGCAGACUGUGCAAGCCUUUACGUCCUGCAGAUAAAGCCGCUCGUGUUGAGGCUUGCAAAGUUUUCUUAGAGCUGAAGAGUUUGGAACCUGACAUUCACAGACUAGUGGCAUUCAGCGACGCGGCAACCUUUCACGUAAGCGGACACGUGGACAAACACAACUGUGUCUUCUGGGGUACUGAGAAUCCUCGUGUUGUGCGUGAUCAUGAACGAGACAGUCCCAAGGUGAAUCUCUGGUGUGCAGUCACUGGAACUGGAGUGGUAGGGCCGUAUUUUUUUGAAAACGCCACAAUAAACGGUGGUGACUUCUUGCACAUGAUGGAGAAUUACGCAGAGGACAACCUGCCACUGCAAAUCCGGCUUACCGGAUACUUUCAGUUGGAUGGUGCUCCGUCCCACGUGGCUUCGAAUGUUCGCGCUCAUCUUAACAAAAAAUUUGAGCGGAGAUGGAUUGGCAGAGGAGGGCCUGUGAAAUGGCCAGCACGUUCGCCAGAUCUCACGCCUUGUGAUUUCUGGCUGUGGGGUAUGGUCAAGGAACGUGUUUAUGCUACCAAGCCCCGUGAUGUGCGAGACCUCCGACAGAAAAUUGAAAAUGUCAUUGCAACAGUACCACAAGAAUUGUGCCUCCGGGUUCUGGAGACCGCCUGGAGAAGAUUCCAGGCUUGUGUUGACAAUGAGGGCAAAGAAGUGGAGACUCUUUGACUUUUUCAAGCUAUUAACAUUAAAUUCGUUAUCAUGUCACAGUGUACUAGCCCUUCUUUUUCCAUGAAAAAACGAUAGACCCAUAUAAGUGUAACACUUUUGAAGCACCCUGUAUAAUCAGAGCAUGUUUGUUUCGAUGUUCACCGCAAGUGCGUGCAGUUAACGCAGACUUGAUGCCUCGCAAAAUAUAUCUAUUUGGUGUUUGAACCACUUAACUCCUCCUGUAUUAUUGCCAGAAAGGGUAAAACCCAUUCUUAUUCUUCAUGCAAUUGUACAUGUUUGUCCACGUGACGACUUUAUUCGAGUGGAGGAGGAUUGUGCGAUGCACGAUAAACGAGCGCACGCACCCUCCUUCCUCGUACGAUUCGCACCUCCGAUUAGCACGUUUGGCCUACGUACGGCACGAAAGAAGUUCGUGCCGUACAUGCGUACACAUUUGUCAUCGUUCCUACGCGGUCUAACCAACACAUCAAUUAUUAAUUAAUGGCCCUGUGAUGAAACGUGUCUCGUCUAUGAGGAACCCCUACCCUCUGCUGCUCGUGAUUGAUUUUAAAUUCCAUGAUCUCUGGUGAACCCCUCAAUCCUUGGCGAACCUCAAGCAGUGCUGCUUGGGUUAUGCAAGAGCAAGUAUCGAUCUCCGAUGUUUUGUAUACUUUUAUUUUGUAAUUGAAAGCUAGGACCUGUAUCUUAAAGAGUGGGUCCUUGCUUUUAACAUGAGGCAGUUUGACACGUAACCUUCAUGACCAAUAUUACGGUAUCCACAAGAGGGGUUUUUGGGUUAGAUCGCGUAAAUAUAAAUGUGUUGUUCAACCCGCCACCACCCGACAGCCCAUUAGGUUUGUCAAUUAAACAAAACAUGCCAAUUCGUUACUAGUACAGCACACCAGUGUGUUGGAGAUUAAACCCACGACAUUUACAAUUCGAGUACGAUGUUUCGCCAGUAAUUACAACUAGCAUCAUCGGGUGACAGCCUGGCAGUUCACCAUAAUUUGUUCAAGGAAGCUUGACGCUCCUGAUGAGACACCAGAGUUUGCUUGUACUGAAUCAAUGAAGCUGAAAUUAUGUACCCGCAGAAGGCCGUGUCACUAAUGGGUUGUGUAAAAAAAAAUACUGUAAUCUUUUUUUACGUGGAGGUACAGAUGUAGGAAGGUGUGGGGUUGGUAGAUCGGAUUAUGUGUGUGUGUGUGACAAUUCUCACCUGUGAGACGUGAGGGUGGUGCAUAUUUGGCAGCGUAGUAGCAAGCAGGUUGCUGACCUGUCUGUAUUUUGAGUGUUGUUUCUUUAGAUGUGAUGGGGGGGGGGUUACUUUCUCUGGGUACCGUUUCCUCCCAAGCAAAAAUAACAACAAUGCUCCACCCGAAAACUACCCACAUUUCAGGCCAGCACCCUCCUGCAAAAGUCUCGAGGCUCAGCUACAGCAUUUCAAGAAUACUGAACUAUUAUUACAACCACCAAUACCAGCCAUGCACUCUUUUAAUUCUUAAUGUGAAACUGAAAUUCAAGUGAGCACAAAAUCCUUAGAAGCUUUGCUGUUUGCUCAACGCUCCUUACCAAAGUCGCCUGAUCUGACGUCCAGGAUUCUAAUUGACCGUAAUCCCCCCCGCCUCGACCGUAAAACAAGACAGCAUCUUCCUCCUCCAGCGAGCAAUGGGGGGGGGGCGGUGCUCCGCUUCAAAUUGGCAGCCCCCCUCCCCGAGCCAGUGUUGGAAUUUCCACAUUUCCAUGGCAGUGGCCAAUCAUUCCAAAAUGCGGCCGCCGUUGAUCUUCCACAAACUGGUCACUAAAUGUAUACACCGUGCAGGGGCAUUGGGGCCACAAUUAAGAGACCCCCCCCCCCCCCCCCGUACUCCUGCGUCACAAGCGUAGGAGGCCACGCCAGAUUUUCGGUGGCGACGUGCGUCUAUAUUCCAGAACUGCGAAGGUGAGGGCUGGUGGAUUUAGCAAAUGUUGGGGAAAGCCCUUUCCUGUGGGUGCUGAGGUGCCAAAGCCUGGCUUGUCAGGAGAAGGCGGUACAGUAAGUGGACUAACACGCCAUCUGUUGGGCUACGUUGUGGGCAGCAGGUGGCAGUGCAGCACGUACCCAAUAUUCUACUGUACUUCUAUGCUCCCAUGUUUGUAUUCCGUGCUGUUCAUUCUGCAUUGACCGAGUUGGUGAAGUAUGGUCAAAUGCACCCCUACAACCUCUACCGUGUGGGGAGGCCCUCAUCCCCUAUUUGCCCUGUCCUUGUACGUACGGUGCAAAAGAAGUUCGACAUACAUCACUGGUGUUGCAUUUCCCCGGGACACCACAUGUAAAGAUGGUAGCUUCUAAAAGUGCGUUACGUGGCGCUUGGAUGGUUACAAGUGCGCACAUUCUGAAGCCUUGCGUUUCCCAAAAAAUAAAAAAAUAUCCACUCGCCUCCCAGAUUAUUUUGCUCUGCAGACACAUGCCCGGCCACUGAGGAGACAAUGCAAUUGAGCGGAAAGCUGUUAUGAUUCAAAUGUUCUGUAUCCGAACGCCACGAGCAGAUUUUCCCUGACGAUCUCUUCUCUAUUGCUAGGGACUCUUCCGUUAACAAGAGCCGGAAAAUGGCUGAGAAUGCCGAGGAUGACGUGAACUUGCUUAGUACCAAGCAGCUCUCCACUCUGCUGCAAGAGCUGUGGGAGCUGCGCGAGCGCGGCUCCUUCUGCGACGUCGUCGUCGAGGUGCAGAGCCGCCGCUACCUGGCGCACAAGGCGGUGCUGAGCAGCACCAGCGGCUACUUCCGCAGCCUCUUCCUGGGCGCGCCCUGCAGCAGCAUGGGGCCCUUCGUGGUGGACUUUGUCUCCAUGGGAACGUUCGAGCAGGUGCUGGGCUACGUGUACCGCGGCGACGUGACGGUGAGCCGCGCCGACGUGCGCCCGCUGCGCCGCGCCGCCCGGAAGCUGGAGCUGCGCUGCCUGGUGGAGGCGUGCGAGCCGUACGUCGGCUGCGGCGGCGAAGACGACGACAACGACGUAGACGUCCCCGCUUUCCACGGCGGCAAAAACAAAGGGAACUGCGAUUUCAAUGGGCGCGACAACGACUCCUUUGACAUCGAGAACGACUUCUCGGACGCCGCAACCGACGCCGCAGCCGCCGCGGGGUGGAAUAGAGAGAAAGAACGUCGUGCAGAGGAGGAGCGCGACGCGGGCGACGCGGGUGGCGGCGCAUCUCCCGCGCACGCCAUCAAGAGGGAACCCCUGUGGGAUCUGCCGGUCGAGGGGCACGCGUGGCCCGUGAAGGUCGAGGUGCCCGAUGGCCAAUCCGACUGCCUCCACGCGGACGCCCGCACCGGCGACGCGCCCGUGGUCUCCGGCGGCCCCGACGGCCGCUGGCACCGUGUCCCGCAGGAGGCGGCGCUCGGCCCCGAGCCGGCGGCGGUGGCGCCGUCGUCGGAGCGAGCCUUGCUGGAGAAGUGCCACCGCCGCAUUCGGGGCGCGGGAGUCACGCCGUGCGGCGCCGCGCCCGAGCGGGUGCGGCGCGGCGCGUGCGGGGAGCCGAUGGACGCCGGCGUGCCGCUGGCGCGCGAGCGCUCGCGCUCGCGCCUGGACCUGGAGCGCCUCGAGUGCCACCUGUGCGGGGCCCGCUUCGCCUACGUCAGCGAGGCGGUGGAGCACGCGCUGGUGCACAUGGGCGUGCCGGUGACGGCGUGCGCGCACUGCGGCCGCCGCUUCGCGUCGGAGAGGCCCGUGGGCGUCCACGCCUCCGGGCGCUACUGCGAGAACUGCGUGGCGGCGGCUUGCUCCGCUCUCGCUACGCCAAGGAUGAGGGCGCACGCGGUGAGGAGAGGCGCUCGUUCCGCAGAGGAGAGGGCCCUCCACGUCGAGAGAGCGGCGAGUCCUGCCGCCGCCGGAUUCGCUCCCCGGCCGAAAACGACGGACGAGGUGUCCGCGGCCGAGCGGAGCGACAAAGAGCCGGUGCCGUGCCGGCCGUGCGAUCUGGUGCUGUGUUCAGCCGAUGAGAGGAAGGAGCACGAGGAGAUGUGUGGGCAGGAGCACUUCAUGUGCAGACCGUGCGAGCGCACCUUCCGCACGGCCUAUAGCCUGUGGCGCCACCGCCAGAAGGUGCACCACGACUCGGAGACGUUCGCCUUCCUCUCCGAGGGCCGUGCGGCCCAGUCCUUGUCCCUCCCAGAGGCCGCCGCCGAGGCCGAGCGAGAGGAAUCUGGUGACGCUGCCGCUACUUACGCGGCAUCGGACUCGGACAUUGCCGUUCACUCGUCACCGCUGCGUGCCGUCUACCUAGCAUCGACCUCUGCGGCCAAACUGGCGGCGUACUCUCUGCUGCUGUCCCUCCCUGACGCUGAAGCGGCCAGGUCGCUGCAGAGCAAGGACGUAAAAGUUGAGUAUCAAGACACUGACGCUAAUUUUGUGACCGUUGAGGUAAACUCUAACGAAGGUGACGAUAGCGGCGAUGACCACAACGAUGACUUCCAGGAAUCUCAAGUGGGUAGCGCGAUCCUGAGCUCCGCCGGCAGCCCCGCAGUCAAGAGCGGCGCUGAAAUCGGCGAGGAUAAAACGAAGCCGCAGCACAAGAGGGUUUACGGGUUGGCAAACGCGGAGGAAGAGCUGGCGCACGCCAGCUGCCGCAAGCCCCGGCUUGUGCGGCUGAAUCCUGUGUCGCCGCCGCCGCCACCGCGAUUGAGGAGGGACGGCGCGGCCAAGGCGAGACAGCUGAAGGUGUGGGCGGUGAGAGCGGAUCGGAGAAUAACUCCGCUCGUGACGGCCGCCACCACCACCGCCGCCGCCGCCGCCGCCGACGCGGAGAGCCCUCCGCGCCCGGAGCCCAGCGUCGUGGCGGCGGCGCAGGACGUGGACUUACCGCACACGUGCACCAAGUGCGGCGUCGUGUUCAGCCUCUUGCAGGAUUUGGAGCGCCACCAGGAGAUGUUCUGCGAGGUGAAGGCGUUCAAUUGCCACGACUGCGACAAGUCGUUCCGCACAAACUUCCGCCUCUGGAGCCACAGGCAGAGUUCUCACUGGGACGGCGACGCGGCUUCCGAUAGCCACAGCGGUUGAGUUGGCGAUUCCUCUGGGGUCGCUGUCGUUGAUAUCAUCGUGGUUUGUUGCAUCGAAGGGCCCCGGCUCUAUUGGAAGGCUUUGUUGUUGUCGUCGUCCAGUCAGCAACGCAGUUUUACAAGACUUCAUCAUUCACUGUAAUAGCGGUGAGAAGGUGAUCUCGAGGUGCCAUGAGAAGAGGUGCAUUGAGGUUAGCGACCGUACGUAACACGGGAGGGCGUAUUGGUCAGCACAUUCUGGUGGUGAUGUGAUUCUCUUCAUCUGACUUGGUGAUUUUGAUAAUUCUAAAUGCGAUUCGUGUCUUGAGCGACUCGAGCAUAGUUUUAAAUGGGUUGGCCGUUGUAGCUUUACUUCAUUAUAUUAAAAUGUUAAAGCGUUUUAGCUCACGUUUCUGAUUACAUAGUUCAAAUUAAUAAAGCUGAGGAAGCACCAGAGGCAACGUUGGAUUCGGAAAUUUGAGAUGGUGGAGACCGGCUCGGCCCUUUGUGUGUCCACAAAAAGUAUUUGUAAAGAAAUUAAGUUUCCACUCUCGAUUUCAAAGUGUAUAGCUCCACAAUGGCUUCCUAAUAUCGGAAGCUAGAGCGUACCAGAUGGGCGCCUAAGUUUAUCUGAAAGCACGCGAUGCGGUAAUCAUCUGUUUGAUGGCUAGCCAAAAGCUGCUGCGAGGAUGACCGACGAGAUCAGCGAGGUAUUGUGGUUCAUUUGUUCAGUGCACUUGGUGUAUAAUGAGUGCGAAUUAGUGAAUUUGAAUGGACUCAUCUGGUUAAAAUAAAAAAAAUAUACAGAUCGUCUUCUCCGCUUACCUCUUAAACUUUACAAUCACCGUUAAGACGCUCGGCUUAAAUUUCCAUGACUACAGAGUCGAGAUUUGAUUCGGGAACAAAUGUUUCGUCUCAUUUGCACCACAAUCAAAAAGCUGCGCUGUCCCCAUCUCCCUGUCUUGUGAUGGGCAACAUUCUUCAGAAAAGCUCCUGAGAUGUGUAACCCAGUGACGGCCAGAGACACCCAGGUGUCUUCGAGAAAAUCCAAUGAACUGCUAAGAAGUAGCUGCAGUAAAAUGCCGAUUUUAUGCCCUCCCGUUUUUACCUACUUUCGCCACAACACACUCUACGUAUUGCGACCCAAUCCCGUUUUACGUGCUGUGGUAGGUAGCUCGCCGUAGCGUACUCGAGAUGUACGAACCUUCCCAUCAAGGCCCACAUUUCUUACGUUCCAUGGCGACAUGCAGGCGCCAGGUGUCCCGAGGCGGCACCCCCAAGCGUUGGCAUCCCUGACGAUACAGUCGUCUGUUUCAUGUGUACACGUACUCCAUCCAUUCCCCCCCCCUCGCCCAAAUACCUGUUUGUGACGACUAUUUUACAUGGAAAAACGAAUAUUAUAUGUAGUAUAAUAUGAAAGGUAAUGUAUAUUAAUAAUAUACACUUUUCACACCGAUGGUUGUACAGGCUAAAUGUUUAGUGUGAUUGAGCACACUCUGUCUCGGUUCUGUACCACGUUGCGAUCCAUCAUCCCGUCUCUUGGCUUCGAUGGAAGUGCAGGCGGUCCUCGACUUGACGAAACCGGCGGCUAUGAAUCGUUUCUUCGACUUAAAACGCGAAUUCGCUCUUGCUAACUGAACCGUGUAAACUAUUUUUGCUCGGUGGAGCGACAUGUAUGGAGUCAUUCAUAAUAAAGGUUUUUUUUUUCUGGGUGA